AUGCUAAAAAUACUACCAGACGCUUUAAAAACAAAUUGCAAAAGAUGUACGGAUAAACAGAAAGCUACCACACUGCGCACUAUCAAACGAUUAAUGAAGGAAUAUCCAAAAACUUGGGCGCUACUCAAGGCUGAAUGGGAUCCAGAGGACAAAUAUGUAAAACUGUUCAUCACUACUUACAGCAACUGGACAAAAAUUCCCGAACCUGUGACUCCCAUGAUAAUCUUCGAUAGGUUUGGAGAUGAAGAUACUUCAGAAUCACCGAAACCAGACAAUGACACGAGUCAGGAACCGUCAAAACCAACGUCUGAUACUACUCCACGUGUCUGGUUGCCACCCAUUCCUCCAUUAAAUUCAAAUCCUGGAUAUAACCCAAUCGCUAAUAGUAUAGGACAGGGGCUUAGAGCUACGAUCGAUCGAUUGUCUUCAGUUUAUUAUAAUAUGGCAGUCAGAGCUAUUGUAUUUGUAAAUGAUUUUGGUAUGGGUAUGACGGAAAGUGCUAUAAAAUACUUUCUUAGUCCAAAAUAA